CAAAUUAUACAGGAAUUGACCCUGUCCCUGAUUCCGCAGAAAUUAGUGGUGUGGGUCAGUACAACUGCACAAUACCAAAUGGAUGCACACCUUCAAAAUUUGCUACUUAUAAGGUCAAAAAAGGAAAAAGAUAUCGAUUCCGAAUAAUAAAUAUGAGUGCCGAGUCCCAUUUUUGGGUUUCUAUCGAUAAACACCCACUCACUAUUAUCGAAACCGAUGGAAUACCAAUUCACCCGGUCACCAUUAAUACUCUUCAAAUUAACAUCGCCCAGCGAUAUUCGGUAAUUGUUCAUGCGAAUCAAUCGGUCGAUAAUUAUUGGAUCAGAGCACACGUUUCAAAUUGCAGUGUUCCUUCCAACAACGAUACAUUUAAUUUCGAUUCCCCCUUAUAUCAAAACGAAGAAGUUACCGGUAUACUUCGUUAUGAAGGUGCUCUCACUAUGCUUCCCACUUACAAUGGAUCUUCCAUCAACGCGUCAAAUUGCUAUGACGUAGAUGCCAGCCUCUUGAAACCCUAUCCGUUGGAUCGUCAUGUACCGCAAAAAGUGGAUACAAGCUUGACAUUUGAAGUCAAUGUCACAAUAAGAAAUACUUAUGUUGAGGCAUUAAUGAACAACUCAACGUAUUACCCUAACCUUAUCCACCCAACCAACGAAAGAGUUAUCGAUAACGAUACCUAUGCGGCUUCUGAUAACGUUUAUUUUUACCAUAAUUUAAACUCUCCCAUCGAGAUUAUCGUAAACAAUACGGAGAACCGAACUCACCCUUUCCAUUUA